ACUGUAUAAGAAUGGAUAAAGUUUGAUUCUUGUAUUAAACGUUCCUUGUCUGUCUUGUCUUCUACCUCCAGACCUUUUUCUCUCUCCACAGAUUUUCAUUGCCCUGAAGAAACUUAGAGAAAAUCAGUCCACUAGUGGCAGAGAAACUCAUGGCGUCCAUACAUAUAUUGUUUCUGUAUCUAUCUAUGAUCUAUGUGACAGUUUCAGCUCGUGUGUUGCCAAUACACCCUGCCUUGAAAAACCGAGAGGAAACCAUUUCUCAUAUUUUUGAUACUUCCAAGUAUGGUAUUCUUCAAAUCAACAACGGCUUGGCUCAGACUCCUCAGAUGGGAUGGAAUAGCUGGAAUUUCUUUGCCUGUGAUAUCAGUGAAACAGUCAUCAAGGAAACAGCUGACGCCCUAGUUUCAACUGGUUUGGCCGACUUAGGCUAUAUAUACGUUAACAUAGAUGAUUGCUGGUCUGAUAUGAAGCGAAAUCCAGAGGGUAAAUUAGUUCCACAUCAAACAUAUUUUCCAUCAGGAAUUAAAGCUCUUGCUGAUCAUGUGCAUGGGAAGAGCCUCAAGCUCGGUAUCUACUCUGAUGCUGGGGCUUUUACAUGCCAAGUUCGGCCUGGAUCACUUCACUAUGAAGAUGAUGAUGCACAGCUCUUUGCAUCUUGGGGCGUGGAUUAUUUGAAGUACGAUAACUGUUACAAUUUGGGCAUCAAACCACAAGAGAGAUAUCCACCAAUGCGUAACGCUCUAAAUGCAACUGGACGCAAAAUUUUCUAUUCGAUCUGUGAAUGGGGAGUUGAUGACCCUGCCCUGUGGGCAGGCAAGAUUGGAAAUAGUUGGCGAACAACGGACGACAUCAAUGAUACAUGGGCAAGCAUGACCACAAUCGCUGAUCUAAAUGACAAAUGGGCGGCUUAUGCGGGACCUGGUGGAUGGAAUGAUCCGGAUAUGUUAGAAGUUGGAAAUGGGGGAAUGACUUACCAGGAAUACAGAGCACAUUUUAGCAUUUGGGCUUUGAUGAAGGCUCCACUUUUGAUUGGCUGUGAUGUCAGAAACAUGUCUGCCGAAACAUUAGAAAUUAUCAGCAAUAAGGAGGUCAUUGCCAUUAACCAAGACCCACUUGGGGUUCAGGGAAGGAAAGUUUAUGUUUCCGGAGAAGACGGUUGCCUUCAGAUUUGGGCUGGUCCUCUGUCUGGACACCGUUUGGUUGUUGUUCUGUGGAAUCGAUGUUCAAAAUCUGCAACUAUUACAGCAGGAUGGGAUGCACUUGGACUUGAAUCCUCUACCAACGUCUCUAUAAGAGACUUGUGGAAGCACAAACUUGUUUCAUCAACUACGAUGGCCUCAUACAGUGCUCUAGUUGAUGCUCAUGCUUGUGAAAUGUACAUUUUCACUCCUCAGACAAUGACCCGCUCAGAAAUAUAGCACUAUUGUGAGGGCUCAUUUCAUGGCUUGGUCGAAGUUUUAGGCUGCCUGUUCAAGCUCUACUUAGAUAUAGAGAAAAAAGAAUACGGUUUGCAUUCUGAAUGUAUUGGAAUUGUCUAAUUAAGUGGUUGUUAUAGUAGAAGUUUUCAUAGGUGCUUCAGAGAGAGUUUGUAAAAUAGUAUCUAGACAAAUGAGAAACUAUGCAGUGGAGAGGGGAGGGAGUUAGUUUGGGUUGACACUUUGGGAUUGCUGGGUUUUAAAUGUGUAAGGACAGAUUGUAAUGUUUUCUAGUACUUUCUGUGACAAUGAAUGGAAUAAUCAAAGGUGCUCAAGUGAUUUGGGCCUUUUUGUCAAAUGACUG